AUGGAUACUGAUGCCAUGGAUCUGCUCUUCUUGCCAGCGAAGACAUACUCGCCACAAAAGGACAGUCUACCUCAAGGAAACAACGUCUCUUUCCAGUAUGGAAGCAGGGACUCGUCACUGGCACAGAAUCUGAAUGCUCAUUCCAGCAUGUACUUCACGCCUAGCACUCGACACGCCUCUGAAAAUUUCCAAGAGCCCAAUCUUUUAUUCACGGACUAUGAAUACAUCUCACAAGGCAACCCAUACUACAAUGGGGCCGAAUGGGAAUUUGAUGGGGCUGCGUUAAGCACGAUGGACGUGGAAAUCGCGCGCCAAUAUCCUGAGUCGAACGAAUAUUCCAUUGGGGAGUUUUUGAAAAACGAACAGUACGGUUCCACUGAACUCAACGCCCACCUCGAGAUCAUUCUAAGCGAUGAAGAAGAAAAGCAUGCAUCUCUGAUCCCGGCGCACCUAUCUGUGCCAGUCAAGCGUGGGCCCCGACAUCAAGCACGAGUCUUUAGCCCGAUCCAUUUCAGCCGCCCUCGCAGUUCCAAGGCUUCUUUUUCUGACCACGCUAGUGUCAGAUCGUGGCAACGGACCAGCACAGUUCGCUCUAGUGGGACUGGAAGCAGCUUUGCGAGAUUCGUCAACUCUAUUAGCGAGCCCAACAAUUCAAACGAAAAUUCUGCUACCAUCAAGGUUGCUGGCAGGAAGAAUCUUUUUGGUCCUGACGGUCUGUUAGGACCUUUGCCUGGUGCACCAGAGGAGCCGACGGAGCAACUCCCCUCCCCCAAGGAAGCUAUUUUCCGCAGUUUGAGCAAAAAAAUCAAAAAGCAGAUUACAGAAAUUUAUCCUUCCACCCCUUGCCCCAUUACACCGACAGCAGCUACCAAGACCAACCUUCCUGUGUCCUUGAAUCCCAAUCUGCAGGGAAGACUGUACUCAGAUCUCGAAAUGAUGAUCUGUGAAUGCGCCAAUAGCUUUCUGCUCCAUCAAUACUACGACGGUCGGGUCUCUCAGAACUCCAUAAACAAGCUUCUCCGCCAGUGGGAAUUGAAGAACCGUCCACAGGUGCACCAGUUCCGAUUUGACCAAGUUGCCCAGCGAGAGCUUAUUCUGGAGAAUCGCCGAACACUUGCUAUGAGAGGUGAAUGCGCAACUAAUACGGUGAAGUUCCACUCGAAUAUGCGCAACUGGAAAUUCAUUGCCGUGGAAAUGACUGCUCGAACCUUUUGCUUGCCAGACAGUGCUGUCCGCAAGAAUCUGUUUGAAAUACAUGAAAUCCUCGACAUGCUUGAUGCACCGAUUGCUACUCUUCGGGAUUUCCACGCGCUGAGUACAUGGGUACAGUCACAGAUGGUGGAAGCAUCCGAGUUGAGUCGUUCGCAGAGCCUGAAUCAUAUGAGCUUCUAA